CCUAUUUUCUUGACCAUUUUGCUUCUGCAAGAGACCAAUGAACUGACUUGCUGGAGUACCGUUUCCUGAAAGCUCAGAGAAGGCUUAGAGAUAGAAGGCCUAGAGAGAGGAGAGAGGGUUUAGAGAGAGAUGCAGAGCAUCAGUGGGUCUCGUUUAGAUCCCAUUUAUUUUCCUCUGCGUUCACCUUGCACGCUUCCAAAGUGUCCAAGGGGCCCUCGGACUUGGGUCGCUCUCUCCUAUCCACAAUUCAAGUCCACUUCCACUUCCCAUUCUCUGGUUCAAAAAUACAUUGCAGAGCUGGACAAUGGCUUCUCUCAAACAAACAGAAACAAGCCUGGUUCCACUUCUAGUGAAGCAGGCGUUAGUCGUGUGCUUUCUGAGGACGCGGUUAAUGGGCUCACGGUUCGGGAUAAUGCGUUCCCUUGGUUCGAAAGGAGGGCUGCAAUAACUGAGAUUCAAGGGGCUUCUGAUUUGGGUUCAGCUCUUUCCAGAUUGGGAGGCAAGUUGCAGUUGCAAGAUCUGAAUAUUAUUCUGCGAAAUUUUGGGAAGUCUAAUAAAUGGCGGGAGAUUUCUCAGCUUUUUAAUUGGAUGCAGAAGCUUGGGAAGGUCAAUAUUUCAUCUUACAGCAGCUUCAUCAAAUACAUGGGCAGGAGUGGCAAUACUGUGAAAGCUUUACAAGUAUACCAGAGUAUAAAGGAUGAACCUACACUUUACGAUGUGACUGUAUGCAAUUCCAUUUUGGGCUGUCUGGCUAGGAAUGGAAAAUUUGAGAGCAGUAUCAAGUUGUUUGAACAGAUGAAGAAGGGGGGUCUCACUCCGGAUACUGUGACCUAUAGUUCACUUCUUGCAGGUUGCAAUAAAAAUAAAAAUGGCUAUUCACAGGCUUUGCAGCUAAUCAAGGAACUAAAAAUUAGCGGUCUUUGCAUGGACAGCGUCAUAUAUGGGUCUCUUUUAGCUAUUUGUGCUUCAAAUAAUCAAUGUGAAGAAGCUGAAACAUUCUUUCAGCAAAUGAGAGCGGAGGGUUUUUCCCCAAAUAUCUUCCAUUACAGCUCUUUGCUUAAUGCAUAUGCUGUGGAAGGAAACCAUAAAAAGGCUGAUAAGCUGGUGGAAGAUAUAAAAUCUGCUGGUUUAGUGCCAAAUAAGGUGAUUUUGACCACCUUGUUAAAGGUAUAUGUUCGCGGUUGCUUUUUUGAUAAAUCCAGAGAAUUACUAGCUGAACUUGAUACUUUGGGCUUUGCGAGAGAUGAGAUGCCAUAUUGUCUAUUGAUGGAUGGACUUGCAAAAGCUGGACAUAUCGAUGAGGCCAAAGCGGUCUUUGAAGAUAUGAAGCAAAAAAAUGUGAAGUCGGAUGGUUAUUCUCAUAGCAUCAUAAUUUCUGCAUAUUGUAGAGAAGGACUACUAGAAGAAGCAAAGUUACUAGCAAAGGAUUUUGAAAGCACCAGUGGCAAAUAUGACUUGGUAAUGCUGAAUACAUUGCUUAGGGCUUAUUGCAAGGGAGGUGAAAUGCAAUAUGUGAUGCAGACAAUGAAAAAGAUGGAUGAAUUAGCAAUAUCUCCUGAUUUACACACAUUCAGUAUAUUGAUUAAGUAUUUCAGUAAGGAAAAGCUAUACAACCUUGCCUACCGUACAGUUGAAGACAUGCAUGCCAGAGGCCUACAAAUAGAUGAGGAGCUUUGUACUUCACUGAUCUUAGAACUUGGAAAAGCAGGAGCUGCUUCAGAAGCUUAUUCUGUUUACAACAAGCUGAGAUACACCAAACGUACACUGUGUAAAGCUCUUCAUGAGAAGGUGCUGAAGAUCCUAGUUGCAGGGCGGCUUCUUAAAGAUGCUUAUGUCCUUGUGAAGGAUAACUCAGAGUUGAUCUCAAAAUCUGCCUUGGACAAGUUCGUCACCUCCUUCAUGAAGUUUGGUAACAUCAACCUCAUAAAUGAUGUUCUCAGAGCACUUCAUAAUAAUGGCUACCUGAUCAAUCAGGGGGUAUUCUCUUUAGCUGUUUCUCGUUACGUUGGUGAGCCUGAAAAGAAAGAGCUCCUACUACAUAUGCUUGAGUGGAUGAGUGGGCAAGGAUAUGUUGUGGAUUCGGAGUCAAGGAACUUGCUACUUAAGAAUUGCGACCUGUUUGGUAAACAACUUAUAGCAGAAGGAUUAUCCAAGCAGCACGCGAUGUCGAAAAUUAGGAGAACCCAAGCAACAAAUGCUUAGGUAACAUGGAAAGGGAUGCAGCAUGUAGAAAGCAAUUUUGUUGUCAUAUCACUGAGAUUUGUUAGAUAAGAGGAGAAUGUAGAGAGUGAUGUAACAAUUCUUGGUGUUCAUCGAGGAUGAGAUGGAUAACCAUCUCUCUUGUUUAUGCCCAUGUAUGAUAGUAUGAGAUUUAGGGAUUGUCUACAACUAGAUCAUUUAUUUUUUGUACAAGGAGGUCACAACUAUUCC